CCGGCACAGAUGGCAGAUGUUUUGUAAUAUUGCUGGGUAGCACACGCUGAAAUUAUUACGUGUUCACAAUUUAACAAUUUUUUACCACUCACUACGCGACUUAAUUUUCCCAAUUUUCACGUAGUCGGAUAACCCCAUUUUUGCUUUACUUGUUCCCGCUUUUAAAACGGAAAUUAGUUAUACGGCGUAGUCGUUUUUUCUUGUUUUGCGUGGUUAUCACAGCUGCUUUUACGAAGUGGCUUGGCGACCAUUUGCUGAAGUGCACUCGAAUAAUGUAGCUUUUUCGGGAGGGUUGUAAGUUUUUAGUUGCGCGGCUGUUAGGGCCUUCUGCUGGUGUAAAUGUUGAAGAAUUCGUCUGUCAUACGGAGGACCAAAUAGUCGCCAAACUUAAAAGGAUUAGAAAACGACCUCCAUUUUGAAAAAGCUUAAUGUAUUGACAUUUGAGGACCAGAAAUGCGUCGCGGGGUUCGUCGACCGGUUGUGGAAAGCCCUGGAGGGUACAGCAUCAUACCCUCCAGUUCCACGCCUGACAUGGAUAUUGUUAAAACUGAAUUCACACCCAGCCCACACUUGCUGGAUCACGGCUACGGUGCGACACCUCAAAACCAAAUCAUCUCCUCCGGCCUUCCCCAGUGUCUACCGACCGUUAAGCGCAAACUAAACAUUGAAAACUCGCAACAUCUCAUAGUACAAUUCAAGCAAGAGUUCAAAACGCCCCAGCCCAAGCGACAGCGCAAAAGCUCUCCCGCCAAGAAGCUCACCCGGUUCGAUACGUCCCUCGGACUCCUCACCAAGAAGUUUACCACACUACUCGAACAUUCUCCGAAUGGUGUGGUGAACUUAAAUAAAGCCUCGGAGGAGUUGGGAGUACAAAAACGUAGAAUAUACGAUAUAACGAACGUCCUGGAGGGCAUCGGAAUUUUAGAAAAGAAAUCAAAAAAUAACAUUCAGUGGAAGGGCGGAACUAAAGGUAGCUGCGCUUAUUCCACUUUACAAAGUGAAGUGCAAGCGUUAGAAAAUAGGGAAAAUCAGUUAGAUCAAUUAAUACAUUAUGCCGAAACCGAACUAUGUAAGUUAAGUGAAAGACGUUACGGAUACGUUACUUAUCAGGAUUUACGUACGAUUACGCGAUAUAAAAACAAAACUGUGAUGGCGAUUAAAGCACCGAGCGAUAGUACAUUAAGCGUACCUUUGCACGAAUAUAAGGUACAAAUGAAGAGCGAGAGUGGAGAGAUCGAAGUGUUUCUAUGUCCGGAGACUGUUCAAUCCAAAGCGAAAAGUAUACCGCCGAUGGAUCCGCUACUAAAAGACUUUAAGGAGAUUAGUCCGGGAUUGCUUAAUAUCACGACGCCGCCUGCACCUGUUUUCGAUAGUCCGAUCUCAAAUCCGCCACUGAAGCCGUUGUCUGCGCAGGUUUGUCGAAACUUAUCAUUCUCGAAAGAUCCAGUAUUUCAAAGUAUCGGAGCACCGAAUUCAGUACAAGAACAACCGGUACCUGUCUACAACGGUACAUCUUCUUCGACCGCCCCCAAUUUGGAUUUAACGUUAUCGCCGGGAAAGACCGUUUUGGAAAGCUGCAUGUUUACCUCCUGUUCCAUAGAAUCAUCCAUGAUGCCGUCGUCGAAGUUAAAACAGUCGUUAAUACACGGUCCGGAUGAUUUGGGACCGAUGUUAGAAAAAUUCUCGCCACAGUCUGAUUUUUCCCUCUCGGGUUCUCUCGACACAAUACUCGCGGAGCCUUUUUUACAUUUGGAGCCAUUAUCACAUUCCGAAUUCACUUUUAGUUUGGACAACGAAGAAGGUGUGGCAGAUCUCUUUGAUUUGUUUUAAGUUUGUUAAUUUCAUAUAAUAUUGUUAAAAAUCGUUUGCCCACGAAGCGGGCGAAAUAAUUUUUGAAAUGAGUGUUUAUGUGACUGUUUUCUUUUAUCAGAUGUGUAUUCCAUUAUUAAUCUUAUUAUCAAUAUUAUUUUGUUUACAAAAGUAUGUUAAAUUUAGAACAGACGAAAUUGAAAAUAUUAUUGACAUCAAUUUUGGAUGUCUAGAAUUACCAAAGUGCCUUUUUGUUUGGUAGUCGUUUUCUUUACAAUUUUAACUUAUUUGUCUGUAUGUUUUAAAAUGAAUUGUUUGCCUACUUUGUUUGUAUAAAACUUUUUUAAUGUUGGUUCAGUCGGAAUCAAAUGGUGCCAUUUCAAAAUGAAAUAUCAAUGUAAGUUAUUUCUUUAAGGGGGCAUUUUAUGUAUAACUUUUAAAUUAUAUUGUUUUAUGAAAUAUACACAAAACAAUGCAGUGAAGAACCAACUGCCAAAAACUUUCAUCGUUAUUACUUUUUGUGGUAACCAACAUAGGUGGCUUCGUAAUUGGAGAUUUGUGUAAGUUUCACCAAAGUCAAAACCAUUACAGCUGUAUGCAAAUUACACUAGUUUUCAGUUGCAUUGCUGGCGAAAUACAAAUUUUAACGAAAAAUGUAAGUACCUUUUGUCCAUAAAGAGGAAAGUUUUGACAAUAAACGUGAAUAGAACUAAUUUGCGACCAUCAAAUUCCAAUUGAUUGAUUGCGAUUCAUUUUAAAGAACCGUCAAACGACAAACCAAACCUAAGUAAAUACAAUCAUAUUUUUGUAUAUGAGGGCAAUAUUCCGUACUAGUCCGAAAAUUCUGUUUAAAGCGGUUUUCAGAAUUUAGAAUAUUAACAAUUUAACUUUGAAAGUUAAUUAUAUAGUAAUAACCAUUCGACGGUUAUAGGAUUAUUUGCUACAUUCGCAUCUCGGUCCUUAAUAUGUAAAUAAAUUUCUUUGGUUUGUAGUUUGAUUUCCAAUUAAUUUUAGUUGGAACGUACUAUGUAAAUGGGAAAUAGGAGAAUGUAGUCGGAAAACGAAAUGCUUUAUGUAUUAGUAAGUUACUGUCCAACCUUGUGUUAAAGUGCCCCUUCGAAAUUUCGAGUAUAUGUGAUUGAAUGGAAGUGGGUGUUUUAAUUACUUAAGUACAAGAUAUUUUUAAUUGUUAAAUGAGAUUUUUGUAAAUAAACUAUUUUAAUCUCGGCACUGUUUCUCUUGUGAAUGUCCAAAGCCAAUAGAGGCCUUAAUGUUUACAAUUUAUUUAUUCAU